AUGGCUGCUACUGUGGCAUCCAGAGACUCUGUUCUGCGUGUCACUCCUUCAUCCCCAGGAGGUUUUGGGGCACGGUCACCAUCAGAACUCCCAUUGCAUUGGAAAAUUGAGGAACUCGAGAACUUUCUGCUCAUAGCUUGGCAGAAAGAUGUCAAAUGCAUGAAGAUCAAGAAGGAGGAGAAUAAUAUGAAGUUCAAGGCUCACUGCUGCAGGUACCUCCACACCCUGCUCAUCACAGACAAGGACACCACAGAGAAGCUGCAGCAGUCUCUGCCUCCUGGUUUGGCAGUGAAGGAGCCAAAAUGA